AUGGCGAAAGCAAGUUGCUCUGUACCAGCAGUAUCUACAGGACCACUUACCAAGCCAGAGUAUAGAAACUGGCUUGCUCUAGGCUAUGCCUUGACAAAAGUUCUCUGCAAAGGUCUUCGGCCAUUUGUUGUUCGAGAGACGAGAGAUUUCUACAAAAAUGUGACAGCUGGGAUUGCAGCUAUACCGGGAGCAGGACCCUGUAAAUGUGUCCCCGUCGAAAGACGAAAACCCAACAAAUAUCACGACAUGACCAUCUGUCGGUGGGCUAAUAUCCUUGAGGCUCACCACCUUUCACACAAGCCAAACUGGAAACAAAGUGAUCCCACCAAAUGGAUGGAUCCGAACUUGGGUCCCUGGGAGAUAGCUAAGCUUUUCCUUCCAGAUGUAGGCGGACAUGGAGUGAUAACCAGUGCGGACGACAUGGAUGUGACUGGUAUAUUGAACCUAAUGUACUGGUGUGAUCAGUUUACCAUUCCUGAGCCCUUGAUUAAGGACGUCCGAGAAACUCGAAAUGAAAAAUGGGUUCACGUACCAAAACCUGAAUUAUCCGACGCUGACAAGGCAAUCGCUUUCGCAAGUAUUGAAAAAUUGCUGCAAGAUCCCCAGUUGCUUGGCGAUCCCGACGCUCAGAAAGCUCUUAAAGAGAUUGUCAAUCUUAAAAGUGUUACUGACUUACAUAGUAUGGAAGCAGAAGUUUUUGCUGAUUUGAAGGAAUUUAUGGAUAACAUGGCACAAGAAGCCGAAAGAAACAAAGAAGAACUGGGCCAGUUAAGGGAGGAUGUUGAUGCUCUGCAGCAGAGGAACAUCGCGUUUGUAAACAGCGUAAAUGCGGUGAUUAAGCUAUUUGUCGCUCUGCUUGGAUAUGUCGGCAAGAAUUUUAAGAGACUCGGAAAGACUAUUGCAUUACUCGGAGUACUGCUAUGGAUGACGUGGUUCCUUUUUGGAUGCUGGUUACAAGUCCCAAACGAUGACAAGUUUAUGAAAGAGGGUACGGAUUUAAAUUAGACCAAAAAAUACAAAUAUCCAGAUUAUGAUGAGAUUUUAACAAUUUUGUUUCUUUCUCUAGGAUGUGCUCUCGAAAUGAAGCCUGAUCUCUGGAAACUGACGUAUUUUGACUUCAGCGAGUUUAUCGCGUCAUCCAGAAAGGGCUUUUUUGGACGACAGUGGCUGUACCGGGAAAUGGAUAAGAUCAUGGAGAAGCCAGAUGCGCGUGGUGUCUUACUUAUUGGAAAUCCUGGUUCUGGUAAGACAGCUUUUGUCUGCCAUUUGCUUUGUUCAAGAACAUCAAGUCCAUUUAUACACAACAGAAUUCUUGGAUAUCAUUUCUGCAUGCACUCAGACAAGGGAACACAAAAUGCAGCCAAAUUUGUUCGAAAUCUUGCGAAUAUGAUUGCUUGGACAAUUGAUGAAUACCGUAAAACUAUUUUGAGCGAUUCUUUUGUGAAAAAAGUACUACAAGACAAUUGCGAAGAAGAACCAGACUGGUGUCUCCAAGAAGGAAUUAUUACACCACUCAUUAAAUUACAGCAGCAACCAAAAGAGCCCUGGUAUGUUGUAAUUGACGCCUUAGACGAGUGCGCAGUAGACAAAACAGAAAUUUUAAACAUGCUGAAAUCAAAAGUUCUACGAUUCCCAGUGUGGCUUAAAUUGAUCAUUACCACUCGUAAUAUAAGUGCCAUUACCAAAAGCUUUGAAGGAAUGCGAAGACUGGAGCUGAGGCAAGACGACCUACGAAAUGUAGAAGAUAUUACUAAUUAUACAUCGGAUAGAAUAUAUCCAUUGGAAAGUUCAAUUAUUUCCAAGAUGAAAUCAUACUUUUCGAUCAAGGACAACCACACACCGUCUCAGAGAAUUGUUUCCAACCUUGUCGAGAAGUCCCAAGGAAAUUUCCUGCAUGUACGUCUUGUAUUAAAUGCUUUAUCUGCGACAACGGAUAACACAAGCUGGACUGAAAACAUUCCCCAGACACUUGAUAACUUAUUUCAGUUAUACUUUGAACGGAAAUUCACAACACGUAACUCCUUCCAACCCUUACGAGACAUAUUUGAAAUUUUAGUUGCAUCAUAUAGACCACUUUCCGCCCAACAAAUCCACUCUGUCCUUCAACUUGACAACCCCACUCUCGAUUAUGAGUAUGAUGUCAUGCCGAGGCUGGAAGAAGUAUCCUUAUUUCUGUGGCAUGGAUCGCGAAGUGGUCUUGUGCGAAUUUAUCAUGCGUCUUUGUCUGAAUGGUUGACUGGAGAAACUAAUAGGGGACAGCUUUAUUACGUUAAGAAAGAAAACGGUCACAAACGUCUAGCCAAAUACUACCUUCAAAAGACAAAAAAUUCCAGGAGACGCCUGACCCCAGAAGAAUCGUUCUAUUUAACAUGCCACAUAGUGGAGGGGGGCUCAAACGAACGUCAGGUACGCGCAUUUUUGUCAAUACCCUCUAAUUUUAUUAACGGUACGGACAAAUCUAACACGACUGCUUUGCACAUUAGUGCACGAUUGGCCCCUCCAAAAGUAACUAAACUUUUGACCAAGCAUUUCUUAGACGUUGAUUGUUUGAACAAUGAAUACCGCACGCCUGCAUUCGUAUCUGCAAGUACCGGUGGCCUUGAAAAUCUCCUAAUCCUUUCCUCGAAAGGGGCAAGGCUUAACUACACUCUUAGAUGUCCAAAUUUCAAGCCGUCAAAAAGUUCAAAAGAUCCCGUCCGUGAGUGUCGGAGAAUGGCUUGUGAAUAUUCCCUGUUACACAUUGCUUCCCAGGAAGGAAACGUUCAUAUUGUGGAAUUUCUUAUUAAACAACAUGCAAAUGUACUAAAAACCACUGGAUGCAAUAACACUGCUAUCCAGUUGGCAGCUAACAAUGGACAUCUUGAGGUCCUUAAAACCCUUAAAAAAGCUGGGGGAGUGUUGGAUGAAGUCUCAUUACAUCACGCUGCUGCAGGAGGCCACACAAGUGUCGUCGACUAUCUGCUGAAAGAGGGUGUGGAAGACAAUUGCAUAGCUGACAGUCAUCUGCUACGAGAUAAUACACAUGAUAAAAGUGAGAAAAGUACCAUGCAAAUGAUUGACGCCGAUCAUUUGGAGAUGCGCGAAACGGCUCUGCAUGUUGCAGUUAGAAAGGAACAUUUGUCUGUGAUCGAGUCUCUUCUAAGUCAGCCAGAAAAUACUUUGAACUGUGUUAACGCUGCGGGAAGACGUCCCUUACACGAGGCCGUUCAUUUUAAUAACUCUAAAGCGUUACAAGUAAUGCUGGUGGCGGGAGUAAACACUUCUGUACGCUGCAAUACUAGCGUGUCACUGAAUCCAAGGUUCUUCUCGCGACGAACGUUAGCUGCCCUAUGGCAGAAUUCGUAUCCUUGUGGCUUUACUGCCCUGCACAUUGCAGCCAUGCGCGGUUAUCACAGUGUCGCCGAAUUACUCAUAACGCAUAAAGCAGACGUGAAUGCAAGAGACUGCAAUGGUUCAACGCCACUCCAUAUAGCCGCGUGCCACGGGAUGCACUCACUUGUUACCCUACUUGUUCACAGCGGAGCAAAAAUCAAUGGACGAACUUUCAACUUUUCAACUCCACUUCACAGUGCUGGUUUGUGUGUUGCAACGAACAGUUUCUGCACUUUGCUUGAGUUAGGUAGCAACUUUUUGGCUAAAGACGAAAAAGACUUGACUGCUUUACAUCACAUUGUUAAAAACACGGAAAUUGUUGGAAGAGAAUUCUUCUCUGAUCUAUAUGCCGACAAGCCUAUAAAGAGGAUUGAAAAGUCAGACGAAAAACAACCCUGGGAAAAAAGCGACCUUCAGCAUACUUGGUUGAAUGCAGUUGUAAGAAUUACUAACUCCUUUACCUCUAAUAUCAACAUGCGCCAGUUCUACGAUUCAAUUCAUUUAAUUUUCGAAACGUAUUCUAAUGUUUUUCACCUACUACUACAAAAAAGCAACGCUUCGUUUCUCCUCACAGGGAGUGGCGGAUAUGACAAUACGUACUUGGUAUAUAUUGCAUCUCCAAUACCUUUCCUUUUGGAUACGUUGGAGCACAAUACGUUGAAAAGUUCUGGUUUAACGAUUUUUCCAGACCUGUUAGAGAGCACGGUGUUUAAGUUCUUUAGGACAUUCACGCCUUUUUAUUCAGACACAGACAAACAACUCUGUGUAUUUCUUUCUCUUUUAGUAAAAUGGAAUAGGGUUCGUUUAGCAGAUAUGGCUUUAAAAUUAAGUCCGCUGAACAUUAAUUGUCCAGGCCAUGUGGGGUCAAGUCCACUUUUGACCUAUUUACACAAUGGAGGGCGACACACAUCUAAGGUCCUAGCAAAGCAACAUGAGAAGGUAAGCAUUUCAUGUGGAAUCCCAUUUGAAAACUCUACCCUACACCUGAUUUCGUACCACAAGUUGCACUACUUACAUUACCUAUCGGAGUUCUUGCGGGGAGAAGAAGAAUGGUCUAAAUAUCUUGCAUCAAAUUACUCUCUAUUUGACUACUUUUUGGAUGAGUACCAAGAGGUUCGUGACCAUCGUGGUUUGUCAAACGUUAUUCGAACUGGUGAUGGACCCCUGGCCUUAGCGAUUAAGUCCCAUCCUUUGGGAACCAAAAUUAUCGAUGAUUGUUUUGAUGUAGAAGGCUAUAAUGCCCUGCACAGAGCAGCACAAGGAACCAACGUGAUUGCACUUAAAAGGUUCCUCUCUUGGGGAGCAAACCCAACGUUAAAGAAUGCAGAUGGUUUUACUCCGCUUUGGCUUCCAGUAUUGUAUUCUGUUAAAUACACCCCAUUUCUUAAUUUCCGUCAAGAACACAUUCUUACAGGUUUAGAACUGGAAAUUGCAUCUGUGUCAGCAUCUGUUAUCCUAGAUCACCUUCUCCAGAGUGGAUCAGUAAACAUCGGCUGUAACGAAAGUCGCCCCGACUUGACCUUGUAUCACCUCGCGGCCAUUCGAGGAAUGUGGCGGUUUGUUGAUCACCUGCUUACAGAGAAGCAAUUAACGGGUGUAGACGUUAACUGUGCAAACAGAGAUGGUAUAACUCCAAUGUAUUUAGCGAAGCUUGUCGGUGGUGCUACUUGUGACUGGCACAGUCCUUGGUGCAAAGUCGUGGACAUCAUUAAAAAGGUUGGUGGCACACUUCGCUAUCCCAAUUUAGAGGCCGAAUACUUCCUUUUCUUUCAUCUUUUCUAUGGGGUGACUCCUGGCAACAUGUCUCUGGAGUUAUCAGAUAAUGAAAUAUCAACACUUCAAGAAGAAUGUGAUCGUAACGAAUGUCACGACUAUCAAAGAGAUUAUAGCAGGCUUUUUAAGUCAUCUUGGGAUCUUGAUAGAGCAUAUGAUGACUACAGAAAUCAAGUAUACCAGUGUGAUACUUACCUUAGUAGUGAAGGAUGUCUACCAGAGAUCAAAAGGGAUUUAUAUCAUUUUGAGUCAGUACUGCCUGCUCUACUUGAACACCAGGACGUGAAAUAUGAACAUAUCUCUAUCAGUGGAGAUUUUUCUGAGAUUCUGGAGAUCGAGAGUAGUUUUCUAUUAUCAUCUUUGUUGGAUGUUACCAGACCAUACUCUAGAAACCAAAGAGUAAAGGAUACAAAUAGAGGGAGAAAGCCAACAGGUGAAACCCACGAAUCAAACCAACAAAGAACAACAGAAAAGAAUAACAACGAAAAUCAGGAAAAUGGCCAAAAUGACCAAAACAAAUGGACAACAAAUAAGAACAGCGGAGAAAGCGGACAAGAGCGAUGUGAAUGUCAUCGCGUUUCUCUACGCAGGGCUUUCUUACGGUUCAAGGAAUACGUAUAUCAGUUACAAAAACUUUCUAGACAAAUCAGAUCGGUUAUGUUUGCCAAGGGAAACUUCUCUCGCGUGCUUUCGAGAGUCGAUCAUGCUUUAUACAAUUAUUAUACGACCAUUUACUGUAACUGGCAAGCUAAUACAGCCAAGUAUGUUUUAUUUAGGUUCCAAGUUUGGAACAUGAAAUUUUUCACUAGAUAUGUGACCGAAAAUUCCAGAUCAGUGAGCAUCUCGGAUUUCGCGUCUUCUCGUAUAAGGAAAGUCUUAACUAGAUCAUCCAGCGAUUUAAUGAAACUUGUUUUACGCCUUGUCUCUGAAAAGAGAUUCAAUGACCUUGAUUAUCUAACAAUUUUGAAAUUUAGGGAGCCGCCUUUGUGGAAAGGUACAUACGCACACGGUAUGGACUUUCAAUAG